ACGUCGACGUGAAGAAAAUAAACAGAAAAUGAACAUAGUUGUUGCUGUCGUCGUCCUCCAGUAAAAUGGUUGUGACAACAUGGACAGUGACCUGAGCCCCCAGGAUAAAAAAGACUUGGACAAAUUCAUUAAAUUCUUUGCCUUGAAGACUGUUCAGGUAAUCGUCCAGGCUCGCCUUGGAGAGAAGAUUUGUACCCGAUCAUCCUCAUCACCUACUGGCUCUGACUGGUUUAAUUUGGCCAUCAAAGACAUCCCAGAGGUGACUCAUGAAGCCAAGAAGGCUCUGGCUGGCCAGCUACCAGGCAUUGGACGCUCUAUGUGUGUGGAAAUCUCUCUCAAGACAUCAGAGGGUGACUCCAUGGAGUUAGAGACUUGGUGCUUGGAGAUGAAUGAGAAAUGUGACAAGGACAUCAAGGUGUCAUAUACAGUCUACAAUCGUCUUUCGCUCCUCCUCAAGUCACUGCUGGCAAUUACCAGAGUAACACCUGCCUAUAAACUAUCCAGAAAACAGGGACAUGACUAUGUCAUAUUAUACAGGAUCUACUUUGGGGAAGUCCAGCUGAGCGGACUGGGAGAAGGUUUUCAGACGGUACGUGUAGGUGUAGUUGGCACUCCUGUUGGCACCGUCACCCUGUCCUGUGCCUACCGCACCAACCUGGCAUUCAUGUCUAAUAGACAGUUUGAGCGUACAGCUCCAAUCAUGGGGAUUAUAGUUGAUCACUUUCUGGAUGCUCCUUAUGGCAGCCAGCCUCCUGCCAACAUGGGACAACCCUGCAAUUACAGACCUCCAGGUGAGGAGGACGGAGGAGCAUUUCCAGGAGUUGAGGAUUCACAGGAGGUCUGCACCACUUCUUUCUCCAUCCCCCCUUCUCAGUGUGUGUGUACGUUGAGUCCAUCCCCCUCUAAGCCAUCUAAGCCUCUCCCCCUGGACAGUCUGCAGCUUCCAUUGGUCCCUGGACUUGUCACUCACACUUUGUAUGCUUCGAGGCUGACAUAUCAGCAUACAGCUCUAGCAGGAGCUGCUGAACUUUGUCACCCUGCUGCCAAUCAACACCAGGUAUUACAUGCUGGAAAGGAGGGUGGGGUUGCAUUGGUUCCUGUCCAACCUCCUCAUGUAGCCGACACCCAUUUGACAGCAGACAAUCCCCCCAACACACCUGGCAGCAGUGGUGAUGAUGAGGGUCUAUCGCACAGUGGAGAGGGAAGGAGUGAUGGAAGAAGAGAUGAAGGGAGGAGGAGUGUUUCUCCCUCCUCUGAUCCAGUGGAGUCUCUCUGUACAUUCACCAGGAUUGGAGCCUUUGUCAAUAAACCCAGCACACAGAUAACAACCGCCAGCCUGGACCUGCCGUUUGCAGCAUUUGCUCCAAGAGGCUUGGAUUUAGAGGACAAAGACCCAAUGGUUCAGCCUCCGGACUCUCCUCCCUGUCCCUCCCCCUUACAAGCCAGUCUACAUUCCCAGGGCUCAGAGGAAUCGGGGCAACAGGAUGACUUUGUCAUGGUUGACUUUCGUCCAGCCUUCUCUAAAGAUGACCUGUUGCCAAUGGACUUGGGAACAUUCUACAGAGAGUUCCAAAACCCCCCCCAGCUGGCCAGCCUCUCUCUACACAUAAGCUCUCAGUCUAUGGCUGACGACUUGGACUCUCUCCCAGAGAAACUGGCUGUCUAUGAGAAAAACAUCGACGAAUUUGAUGCUUUUGUUGACAUGCUUCAGUAGAGGAAGAGGAAGGGUGCCAUAGACAGAUGGCUCGAAGGAGGAGAAAAUGAAAAUGUGUAGAAAUUAGUAAAACACAGAGGAUGUCAAAGAAGAGGCAAGAAGCAGACAAGUGGAAAAAACAAAAAGCAUGAAUGGAGGGAAGAAGACGGGAGACUUUGUCUUCUGUUCAUGAAGAAUCACGCACUUAUCACCUUGUUUUGAUGUUGAAACAACCUCCUUUUCUCAUUGUGCAGACCAACCUACUUGUUGUAACUACUAAACUCACUGACUGACACCUCUCUGUUGUGUAGGUCAGAAAUGAUGUAUGAUUGUAUGUAAGCAUUUCCACUCAAGCAGGAAAAUAUUCUUUUUUGCUUUGUAGCACAAAUCUGGACUUUUUCUAGCUGUCUAAAUAGAAAUUCAGGUAUAAAGUUGUAUGUCUCAAUUUGGGCAGCCAUGCAAAGACCAGGAUACACAGGCACUCUAUGAGCAGGUUCAUGAUACUCCUGUUGACUGUAUCUCACUAUAUUAAAUACACCCUUCCACCUGUACUGACAAUAACUAGCCAGUCCUCACUACCGUAGAAAGCUGCGUGUGCAUCAUCGUGUCCUGAAGAUCAGAUCUGUGCAUCAGAGAGUCUAAGGCCCAUACUGGUGUAGCAUAUUUACGCUCAUUUACUACAAUUCACAUAUAGUUAUUUUUUUUUGUCAGAGUUACUCUGUCAUUGUGUGGUAAUUCAGAUUAAUGUCUGUAUUAAUUUGAAAAGACCAGAAGCUUCAGCAUCUUGGAAUUCAAAGACCACUGCCAAAGAGAAAUGCAAAAAUGGCCAUCAUGAAAAUGGAUUUAGUUGUUUCAUGCUUAGAAAAAAACGAACUACCAGAUAAGAUUUUUUGCCUCCAGAUUUAUCAAUGACAUGUGAGCCCAAUAUUUUUUUUUUUCUUUUGGACUCCUAGAAAGAAGAAGAAAAUGUUGAUUGACAGACUAAAUCGAAACACAGCAUAGAAUUUUAAAGUAGGUUUUUCACCUGAAUAUUUUAUUCAAGAAAUUGGAGAAAUCAAGUUAAUGUUUAAUACACCAAAAUACAAAUAUGGUCCUUUAAUGUCAGCUCUCAGACUUGGGGCAAUGAGUGUUGAGAACACAGUGUGCUCCACAGCAAUAGAUUUGUAUCAUCCAGUAAUGAAUUUUUUUAGUUUGUGGCAGUUGUGCUAUAGAUGAGACCUUUUUUUUUUUUUUUUUUUUUCUGAAAAACACUACACUGUGGUGUACAACCAGUCUUCCACUGUUAGCCACUGAGCCACUGCAAGGGCAGAGGGGAGAGCAUUUCUGGUUUCCUUUUCCCUACCCAAAUAUUCCCAGCAGGCCUGGGUAUCUAAACUGCCACCCUUCCAGUGUCUAGCCACUGCGAGUAACCUUGAUGCCCUUGAUGGCCCUAAUUGAUUGAAUUUUAAGUGAGAUGACCCCAGCCCUUAAAGCCCCAAAAAGAAGAAAAAAAAAAAAAAAAAACAUUUUUCACUCAUUUUGGAUCUAUAAAAAGUAGUGUUGCCAAAUCUCCAUACCAUCCAUGUGUAUAUUUUUGGAUAUUUUUAGGGUGAGAUUUGGUGAAAAUGUGCUAAUGUAUAAUCACUUGUAUAAAGAAUGGCGCAGGAGAUAACUUGGCACCACAUUUCAAGUCUGUUGGGAUGAAAACAAAAUUUUCACCUUUCUCUGGUGUUCGUCUAGAUGUCCUAAUAAAGCAUGGCUGCUCUGCUCUAUUGAAAUAAAACUGGUUCUAUUCAACCAA